UUAUUUUUAGCCAGACUAUCAAAGUAUUUUUCAACUGGAUUGUCACUGCACUUGAACUUGGAAUCUUGUAACCCGAGGAAUUGCACUGGGGAAAAGAAGAAACUUCUAACAAAUGGGAAAUUAUAAAUCUAGACCAACUCAAACUUGCACUGAUGAAUGGAAGAAGAAAGUCAGUGAAUCUUAUGUUACUGUGAUAGAAAGAUUAGAAGAUGACCUGCAGAUCAAAGAAAAAGAACUUACAGAACUAAGGCAUAUAUUUGGCUCUGAUGAUGCCUUCAGUAAAGUCAAUUUAAAUUAUCGCACAGAAAAUGGUCUGUCUCUACUUCAUUUAUGUUGCAUUUGUGGAGGCAACAAGUCACAUGUUAGAACCCUUAUGUUAAAAGGUCUCCGCCCAUCUCGACUGACAAGAAAUGGAUUUACAGCCUUGCACUUGGCAGUUUACAAGGAUAGUGCAGAACUGAUCACUUCCCUGCUUCACAGUGGAGCUGACAUACAGCAGGUUGGAUACAGUGGCCUCACUGCUCUGCAUAUUGCUACCAUAGCUGGUCACCUGGAGGCUGCUGACGUGCUGCUGCAACAUGGAGCUAAUGUCAACGUUCAAGACGCAGUAUUUUUCACUCCACUGCACAUCGCAGCACACUAUGGGCACGAACAGGUAAGUCAGUAGCAUUUCCAAAGCCUGGGGGAUUACUUAAGUGCUCUAGGCUUUUCUUGAACUGUCCUAGCUUCAAAGAAAGGAUAUUUAAGUUUAGCUCAACUCUUACUAGAAGAAGGUUCUAAGGCUGGAUGGGACAGAGAAGUGAAUGCUCAGGACAAUGAAGAUCACGUCCCACUCCACUUCUGUUCUCGCUUCGGGCACCACGAUAUUGUGAAGUACCUGCUCCAGACCGAUUUAGAAGUUCAGCCACAUGUUGUUAAUAUCUAUGGAGACACCCCUUUGCACCUGGCAUGCUACAAUGGCAAAUUUGAAGUCGCCAAGGAAAUCAUCCAAAUAUCAGGAAUAGAAAGUCUGACUAAAGAAAACAUCUUCAGUGAAACAGCUUUUCACAGUGCUUGUACCUAUGGUAAGAGCAUUGACCUGGUUAAAUUUCUUCUUGAUCAGAAUGUCAUAAGCGUCAACCACCAAGGAAGGGAUGGGCACACAGGAUUGCACUCUGCUUGCUACCAUGGUCACAUUCGCUUGGUUCAGUUCCUCCUGGAUAAUGGAGCUGAUAUGAAUCUGGUAGCUUGUGAUCCGAGCAGGUCUAGUGGUGAAAAAGAUGAGCAGACAUGUUUGAUGUGGGCUUAUGAAAGAGGACAUGAUGCAAUUGUCACACUCCUGAAGCAUUAUAAGAGACCUCAGGAUGAAUUGCCCUGUAAUGAAUAUUCUCAGCCUGGAGGAGAUGGCUCCUAUGUGUCUGUUCCCUCCCCUUUGGGGAAGAUUAAGAGCAUGACGAAAGAGAAGGCAGAUGUGCUCCUCCUAAGGGCUGGGUUGCCCUCACAUUUCCAUCUCCAGCUCUCAGAAAUUGAGUUCCAUGAGAUUAUCGGCUCAGGUUCUUUUGGGAAAGUAUAUAAAGGACGAUGCAGAAAUAAGAUAGUGGCUAUAAAACGUUAUCGAGCCAACACCUACUGCUCCAAGUCGGAUGUGGAUAUGUUUUGCCGAGAGGUGUCCAUUCUCUGCCGGCUCAAUCAUCCCUGUGUCAUUCAGUUUGUGGGUGCUUGCCUGAAUGAUCCCAGCCAGUUUGCCAUCGUCACUCAGUACAUAUCAGGGGGCUCUCUGUUCUCCCUCCUUCAUGAACAGAAGAGGACUCUUGAUUUGCAGUCUAAAUUAAUUAUUGCGGUAGACGUUGCCAAAGGUAUGGAGUACCUUCACAACUUGACACAGCCAAUUAUACACCGUGACUUAAACAGUCACAAUAUUCUCCUCUAUGAAGAUGGGCAUGCUGUGGUGGCAGAUUUUGGAGAAUCGAGAUUUCUACAGUCUGUGGACGAAGACAACAUGACAAAACAACCCGGGAACCUCCGCUGGAUGGCUCCUGAGGUGUUCACACAGUGCACACGCUACACCAUCAAAGCUGACGUCUUCAGCUACGCUCUGUGUCUGUGGGAACUUCUCACCGGCGAAAUUCCAUUCGCUCAUCUCAAGCCAGCGGCUGCCGCAGCAGACAUGGCUUACCACCACAUCAGACCUCCCAUCGGCUAUUCCAUUCCCCAGCCCAUAUCUUCUCUGCUGAUGCGAGGGUGGAACGCGUGUCCUGAAGGAAGACCGGAAUUUUCUGAAGUUGUUACCAAGUUAGAAGAGUGUCUGUGCAACAUUGAGCUGAUGUCUCCCGCGUCAAGUAACAGCAGUGGGUCUCUCUCGCCUUCCUCUUCUUCCGAUUGUCUGGUGAGCCGCGGAGGGCCUGGCCGGAGCCACGUGGCAGCUCUGCGGAGCCGCUUUGAAUUGGAAUACGCUCUAAAUGCGAGGUCCUUCGCCGCCUGGUCCCAAAGUGCCGGACAGUGUUCUGCCCAAGGCCUGUCUUUGGAGGACGUGAGGAGAAGCCUUCAGUUCUCACCCAUUGACAAAUACGGCUACGUGUCUGAUCCCCUGAGCCCGAUGCAUUUUCAUCCUUGCCGGAAUAGUGGCAGCUUUGAGGACAGCGGCUGACAGCAUUCUGCAUCUACCUACAGAGAGUUUUCCCCCAAACUGACAGCAACAAUUCCAGCCAUGGCAGGCUUGCUUCCAAUUAUAAUAUUUUACCCUCUAAGGUCUACUUAAAUUGGCUUGUUUAUACUGGUCCUGUUUAAUUCCCUCCUACGAGUGGGGCUUUGGAUUUGCAGCUAAGGAAUGAAAUGCAAAAGAACCAAAACAGGAUGUAUUUGAAGAAUUGUUUUUAAUUUUGUAAAUAAAAGCAUAAAUUUAUGCUGUUGCUUGGAGAUGAAGCCUCAGUCCGUAGUAGGGAUUUAACAAUUAUGUUUUCCUAGACUGGAUCAUGUAGACUUGUGUCAGAGAGCCACACGUUUGAUUUCUCAGAAUAUUGUUCAUUUUCUUGUCUCAUGAUGUUACUUCUAGUGUCCAGCUCUGUGAUUAAAGAUUCCUUAGUGAUAUACAAAA